CGUUCCUCUUCUCUCUCUUUUGUCUCUCCUGCAAAGUUAUGGUUCCUCCACCCACUUCUCCAUAAACCCACACACACACGCUCCACUCCUCACUCUCUCUCUUUAAUUUUCUCUUUCAGUCUCUCUCAUCUGAAUUGAAAACUUAAGAAGGAAAAUGAUGUUUGUGUCUUCAAAUCUUCCACGGUGGCUUGAAGGUCUUCUGACGCAGAAGUUCUUCAAUGCCUGUGUAAUUCAUGAAGAUGCAAAGAAGAAUGAGAAGAACGUUUAUUGCUUGGACUGUUGCAUCAGUUUAUGCCCUCACUGUUUGUCCCCUCACAGCUCUCACGGUCUCUUGCAGAUUAGAAGAUAUGUUUAUCACGAUGUGAUAAGAUUGGGCGACGCUCACAAGUUAUUCGACUGUUCAUUCGUUCAAUCAUACACCACCAACAGUGCAAAAGUUUUGUUUCUGAAUCCAAGGCCACAGACUAGGCCGUUCAGGAACUCCGGCAAUAUAUGCUUCAGCUGUGACAGGAAUAUUCAAGAGUCUUACCUCUUCUGCUCAGUCUUCUGCAAGGUUGACCAUCUGUUAAGGAGCCAAGAUGAAGGCGAACUCUCAAAAUUCCUCCUUGACGGCAAGUUCUUGACUUUAACGGAAGCGGUUCUGGACGAUGGUCUGAUGACCAUUGACUCGGUUCUUGAACCGGCCAGCUCCACAAAGACAUCAUCCUGCUCGGGCGGGUCAAGUGGUGGAGUUGAGUGUAGGACCGAGUGGUGCACCGCAACAACGGAGAUAGUGAGGAAGAAGAGGAGUAGCUUAUCGGCGUGCCGGCCAAACUUUCCUCCAGUAUCCGAAAUCUCGGUGGGGUUCAUGAACCGGAGGAAAAAGAAUCCACAGCCACAACGGUCUCCACUCUAUUGAACCAAUGCUUUUGUGGGUAUAGUUGGUAGUUUAAUUACAUAGACAAGGGUAAUUUGGGCAUAAAGAAAACUCUCCCAAUUUUUGCACAAGGAAGAAGUGUUUCUUCCCUCUCAGUAGUGGGUGAGUUGGGUCCAAUCCAAAAAAAAUGCUUGAAUGGUUUCCUUCC